AUGACUGUUACGCCAGAGGAACAGCUUCCGCCACAGAAGCUUCACUACCUCCGUGAACCUCAGGUCCAAAACUCCUUCGAGCCUUUUUACGCUUCUUACAAGCAAGACACUCCUAUAGCCAUUGACUUUGGUGCAUCGAACGUCAGAGUAGGCCUUGUGGACACACCUGACCCACAUAAUGUGUUUCCCAACUUGGUUUCUAGGUAUAAGGAUAAAAAGCUGGGUCUUAAUUUGACUCUUGUGGGUAACGAUAUCUUCCGUGAAGUCAACAAUCAUAGUGGUAUAAGAACCAACGCCAAGUCUCCAUAUGAUGGUCCGCUCAUCACCAACUGGGACCUUAUUGAAAACAUCAUGGAUUAUUCUUUUGAGCAUUUGGGUGUUCAGUCGCUGACAGGCUCUUUGGAGAACCCAGUGGUGUUGUCUGAGCCAGUGGCAUGUCCUUUGACCCAGAGAAGAAGCAUGUAUGAGCUUAUGUUUGAGACGUACAGUGCACCCAAGGUGGCGUUUGGAAUUGACUCGCUUUUUUCUUUCCAUGCUAAUUCUUCUAAGCCGGAUGGCCUUGUUAUUGAUGUGGGGAGCGAGCUGACACAUAUUAUUCCUAUGUUACAGGGUAAGGGUGUGCUACUGCAAUGCAAGAGAAUCGACUGGGGCGGCAAUCUGGCACUGCUGUUCCUUCAAAGACUUCUUGCAUUGAAAUAUCCAUACUUUCCUACACGUCUUUCGAACCAUCACACUAACCAUAUUUUAUUCGAUCAUGCCUAUGUUCUGAAAGAUUACCCUAAGGAGUUGUCUACAUACUUGGACAUGGACGUUUUGGAAAACAAGGAUGUUGUCAUUCAAGUUCCCGUGGAAGUUGCCGUGGACAAGUCUAAAAAGUCUGAGGAAGAGUUGGCCAAGCAGGCAGAGAGAAGAAGAGAACAGGGUAGAAGACUUCAGGAGCAAGCUAGAAAGAAGAGAUUGGAGAAGCUCAUACAGAAAGAACAGGAGUUUGAAUAUUAUGGACAGCUCAGGGAAACCCUCGCUCUGUUGAGUAAGACAGAAGCUGACAGAAGAGCUCAAAGUGAAGAAUUCAGAGACUUCAAUGAUUUCAACAAAUAUGUUGAUGGCUUGGAGAAAGCCUUAAGAAAGGCCAGAUCACAAGAUGUUGAUGAUGGCACUGAGGAUGAUGAGCCAAACCCAGAAUUGGCCUGGCCACUUGUCCUAAUCCCUGACGAAGAACUUUCAGAAGAGCAGAUCAAGGAUAAGAGACGUCAAAAACUUUUGAAGGCCAAUUAUGACGCAAGAAUGCGUGCCAAAGAGGAGAAGAAGAGGGAAGAGGAAGAAAAAGCACAGUUUGAGAAAGAGCAACAGGAAUGGAGAGAACGUGAUUUGGAUGGAUGGUGUAAUGCUAAAAGACUUGAGUUGGCUCAACUUAUAGCAGGUUACAAGAAGAGAAUCAAGCUCAUGGAGGCUAUGAAGGACAGAAAGUCUAUGGCUGCCCAACAGAGAAUGAAGAAUAUUGCUGACUUGGCCAACGACAGUGCGGCUGGCGGUAGAAAGCGCCGGAAGAACACUGCUUCUGCUACUAUUGAUAAUGACCCUAACGACACUUUCGGUGCUAAUGAUGAUGACUGGAACGCAUACAGAGACAUCAGUAAUGCCAACAUUGAAGAAGAACAGGAAGAAGCUAAUGCUGCAAUCACUCGUUUAGAAGAAGAUUUGAUGAAACACGAUCCUAACUUCCAUUACGAAGAUACGUUAGCAGCAUCGGAAACCUUCGACUGGCGUAACUCAACGCUCCAUAAAUUCAUCCAUGGCCCACGUCAAAGUCUCACAUUGGCAAUGCAAGCAGAAGGCCAUGAUCCACAAGAGCUUGCAAACCAUCCAGAAAUCAUACGGCGCAACCACCAGCUUCACAUCAAUGUGGAGCGUAUAAGAGUUCCCGAAAUAUACUUCCAGCCUCAUAUUGCUGGCCUAGAUCUGGCGGGUAUCCCUGAAGUUGUCCAGAACUUGCUUUACAGAAACUUUGAUGGUAACUUUGGGCAAGGCGGACAACUGAGAGCCCUCGUCGAUAACAUCUUUGUCACUGGUGGUGGUUCGUUGGUUCCUAAUUUCAACGAAAGACUCAAGGCAGAGGUACAGAGCUUCCUUCCAGUAGGUACUUCAUUCAACAUUACUCAUGCCAGAGAUCCUAUUGGCGAUUCAUGGAGAGGUAUGCAAAAAUGGGCAUCAUCGCCCGAAUCACAGUCCAGCUAUGUCAGCAAACUGGAAUACGAAGAAUUCGGAGCCGAGUACAUCAAAGAGCACGGUCUCGGUAAUAUGAGUCUCCGGAACUUCUAA